GAUGUACCAUUAUUUGCCUACCUAAGUCAAAUACGUAUAACUUAUUUUACCUUUUUUAUAAUGUCGUGUUUUAAAAAGGCAUAACCCAUAACCUAACACAAACAAUAACAUAUCAAUGUAUCAUAACCGUAUCGUACUUUUGUUCCUCCUAACUUAUGUCGUGUUGUGUCAUAAACUAACCCAACCCAAGACAUCUAUAGCCACAAUACUCUCCAAAACACGACAAGUGUAAUAGUGUAUCAAAGCCCCCUAAUCCCACGGCUUAAUAUCAAGUAUCAACCCUUAAAUUACGGCCGUAAAAAAAAAAUUAAAAAUAUCAACCCUUAUUCCCUUCAUCAUCCUGUUAUCCCUGAAUCCACUGUAAUGUUGACCAAUAAAAAUCAUCAAAGACUCCUCUUAUAGUCCUAGUCAAAAUUCAAUCCGAGGAAUUUAAAAAUUCGCUCUCGGUUACCGGACUGAAGCCGUAAAACCUAGCUCAAAAUACCAAAGCCCCAAAAGGGCCCUUGCGAGCCUUAGCCAUUUAGGAAAGGACUCGUUCCGGGGAGAUACUUCGGAUGAAGAAGGGGAGACCUUACUUUCACACGCAUGAAAGCGAACGACGCGACGGGGGUAACCAAAUAUAGCAGCUGCGCCCCUUUCUUUCUUUCAGAACCUCGUGGACGGAAGAAAAAAGGGAAGUUUUAAAACAGGGCUUUGCGGUCUACUUACUAAAAAAAAGAAAUCGGGAAUAAAGCUAGUUUGUCUUUUCAUAUUUCUCCAAAGCUGGCGGGGACCCCAGCUCAAAGUAAGUAAUUUACCGAUAAGGCCAGUGAGGUUCCAACUGUAGUGAAAUGAAGGGUCUUUCUUAAAGUUCACUAUGGUUCCCUAAACAAAAUCAUACCAACCACUCUUCUUGUAAACAACUCCGACUCUUCUACUUCUCAAACAAACCCCCUACUCCAAAUAACCGCUCUCUUUUCCCCUCAACCACCAUGAACCACCACAACAACAACCACCACCACCAUUACCGCCACCACCAACAACCCUGGCAACAACAGCACCACCACCAACACCCUCAACUCAUCGACUCACCUCGCUACCUUCCUCCGCCGCCGCCGCUGCCGCCGCCGUCUUUCCCCGACGACCACCCUCAUCACUUCCCACCUCCGCCGCAACGCCACCUUCCUCCUCCUCCUCCACCCCACAACCACAACCACCAUCAUCAUCAUCCUCUCUCUCCUCGCCUCGUUCAUCAUCCUCCUCCUCCAUCCCCACCACCUUCUCAUCAUUCCCCCAUUGAAACCCCCUUCAAUUUCAUCAACUCCCCUCCUCACCAAUACCACCAUAACCCCCACCAACAGCCUCAUCUUCAUCAUCGUCGUCUUCUGGAAGAUGAACAUCGAGAUGGGUUUCGAUCUCCGACUCGGGUAAUCCCUCCUAAUCAUUAUCAUCAUGUUCAUAAUCAUAAUCAUCAUGGGAUUGAUGAUGUUGAUGUUGAAAAUCAGCUUCGAUUUCGGGUAUCUCAACUCCCGCCGCCGCCGCCGCUUCCGCCGAUGUCGGCGUCUAGGGUUUCGCCGAUGUCGGAUUCCAGAGUUUCGCCGAUGUCGCCUGGUGUGUGUCGUUCUCCUACUCAAUUUGUUCAUAGGGUUAGGCGUGAGAUUGAAAGUCCUCCUAGGUUUAGGGAGGAAUUGGGUUUAGAAUCUCGUGUUAGGGUUCAUCAUUCUGAUGGGGUUGAGUAUCAAUUGAGGCGGGAUCGGGAACGGGACCGGGAACGGGGUGAUGAGCGUAGGGUUUUGGGGGUUUUUGAUAGGUUGGAAGGGGAUUUUGGUCGUGAUCAUCGUGAGUUUGAGCAUCAUGAAAAGUAUUAUCCUGAGAUGAUGCCGGCGAGGAAGGAGAUUGAGUUGAAUUCGGGGAGUAGUGAAUGUCGUCGAGGGUCGUUGAAUGAUGAGGGAUUGGUGAGGGGUGGUAGGGAUGAUGUUGUAUUGGAGGAGAAUGUGAAUAUGAGGCGGGGUAGUGGUGGCGGUGGUGGUUCGAGGGAAGUGUCUCGUUCUCCCAUCAAGUUUCGGAUUGGAGGGGUUGAGGUUGAUGAUAAGGGAAGUAAUAGAGGGAGGAAUGAAGAGGUUCAAGAGUAUAGUAAUCGCGGUACUCCUAAGAAGAAUGUGCAGAAGAAGAGUGCAUUUCUUAGGAUACAACCAGGGAAACCACAGCAGCAACAUAGUAGUAGUUUUAGGAAUAGGUUUGACAAAAAUAAUGGCAGUAAUAAAACUCCUAGUCCACACAAAGGAAAAGAGUCGAAUUCAGAGUCUUUAGAUUGUAGGGUGAGUGAAGAGAGAGUGAGAAACCCUGUCGAGCUUGACGUGUCUUUUAAAUCAAAUGCUUUAGUGGCCAAGCCGAUCAUGGCUGCCCCUUCUUGUUCUGGGGUAGAAUGUAACGUGAAUAACUCAUUGACUGAUUUAGGUGUUAGAAUAGAUGGUGAUAGUCUGCCAAAAGUAGGGAGUCUUACUGAUUAUUCUUCUGUAUCUAAAAGGGAAGAGAAAGAUAUUAAGAAUAGGGUUAGAGUGUCUUCUAUCAUGAAGAGACUUGGCAGUCCAAAUAAUCUAGAGGUACACGGUAGUCGCUCAGAAUUGUCUUCUGGUGGAUCUAUUAGCGUGUCUGGAGGUAUUACUUCUAAGGCAGAUUCGAAAGGUGAGGUUUUGGGUAGGGUUAAUAAGAAAGCUGGAUUAGAUAAUGUAUCUACGCGUACUGCUAGGAAGAAGAGGAAAGCCAAUAGUCCUAUUUCCCGCCUAUCUAGAUCAGUGUCCAUAAAGACAGAUAGUGGGCUUGUAAAUGUUGACUGUUCAGCCAAUCGUCCUUCUGAUGUCUCUAUGCCUUCUGAUGUCUCUGUAAAGAAUUUAGAGACAAAGUCUUCUUGUGGCGGCAAUGUUAUUGAUUCAACUCAGAACAUAUUAGUGGAUAUGGGCAAAUUUGAAGUCAGUAAAUCCUCUGCUGCUUCAGAUCAAAGGGAAGUUCUAGGUCAUCCUGUUACUGAAGCAUCUGAUUCUUCUAAGAGAAUUAGGGAGAUUGGAAUGUCUGAACAUCUUCCUGGUUCACCAGGAUCCCUGAGGAUUGGAUUUUCUGAUGGUCAUGGAAACAUGGAGGGUAUGUUACAAGAUGAGCAGAAAAUCUCUAAUCCUGAUGAGGACGUGACAAAACUUGUGGAGAAAUUUAUUUCAGACGUAUAUAUUGAAAAGGACAGUGUCAAGGAUCAGGAUAUGGCUCCUGUAUUGGUCAUCAAUAAUGGUUCUGAGGAAGGUUCCUCUGAGUUGGUGAUACGUGUUGGAGACAAUGUGGAUAGUAAUGACAAUUGUCGUGGAAACGUGGAUACAUUGGAUUUUGUAGAAAACAUGAGUUCUGUCUCAAUUCCAGCUAAUGUCUCAAAGAAAGAAAAUAUAGUGGAUUUAUCAUGCCCAUUGACUGAUGCUGUUAAGUCUUGUGAAGAUCAGGUAUUUUCUUCACCUGAAAAUGCUACUAUUGGACUAUCAUUAGGGAGUUUGUAUUCUGAUAGAAAUCAUGAGCCAGAAUCAAAAUAUUCUGAGGAUUAUGAAAAGUUGGAAAGUUUCUCAAUUGAUGUCUGUAGUGACAAAAGAACCUCCCUCAGUUACAAUGAUGAUGUUACCGUUAGCUUAGAACAUGUAAAAAACAGUGCUUCUGAUGUCAGGGAUACAAAUGACAUUCAGGAGGAACAUUGUCAAGGUUCAGAGACCAUGUUAGUCAAUGAUGAUACCACAUUAGGAAAAGAAGACAAUUCAAAGACUUGUGUUGAUGCAGGUGGUGUAUUGGCUGUUCCUGUUAACAAGGAUAGCUCUCAACUCAACAGAAAGAGAAAAUCCAAAACUGAGCCAAACUCUUUAGAUUCGAGAAUAUCGGAAUCGUGUCAAUUGGUUGUGAACUUAAGCUUUCCUAUUGAGAAUGCAACCCAUCCUGUGGAGAAACAUAGCUCUGCAGUUUCAGGGUCAGCAUGUGUCGAAUCAGAUAUUGCACAUGGGAAUGAAAUUGCUGGAAGUUGUUUGAAGGGUAUGAAUUCCAUGAAUCACCCUCCUGAUUUAGAUCUAAUUGAGCAUUCUUCUAGUUUUGGUAAGAAAAGGAAAGUAUAUCCAUUGGAAUCCGUUUUCUCUGAUGCACCAGAGUUUGAGAGUUCUGAUUUACCCGUGUCUGGAAAAUUGUUGACACCGGUAGCUGAUGAGCCCUCCACCAAUCAUUCACCACAAUUUUCAGAGAGAUUUGAACUACAAAAGUCUGUAAUUACUGGGAAAGGUGCAGCUGACAGAGCAGCCAGCAAUUUGUGUGCAGAAACAUGUAGCUUAGCUGACAAUUCAAUCUCUGACUUCCUGUGCACAGAUUCAUGUUUAUCUAUCACAGAGAGUACCCCACCAGAUGUAGAGCAGUCUAAUUUGCCUGAAUCCGGGUGUCAUCAGAAGGUAGACAAGAUUUUGAUGACGGCUGGAGCCGAUGAUGGAAAUGGGCUCAAUACGUUGACAACAAUUGAGAGAAAGAGUAAUUUGCAGUGCUUGCCGGGUGAUCAUACCAGGGAUGCAGAGCAAGGAUCUCUGGCAAUGAAUUUGGAUUUUGAUGGUGCUAUUGCUCUAAAUUCUAAUCUGUCCUCUUUGUCUGGUUGUUUGCAGUCACAUGCUGAAUCUACUGAUGGCGGAGUUACUGCAAACUUUGAUAUGUUGGAUACACCAUCCAAUUCGGGCCUAACUGAGGCUUGCUCUCUUCUUCCUUCAUCCUUGAAUACAUCAAUUGCCAGUCCAGUGAUUCAUGUGACCUCAGGUGAGAAGCUGUGUAAGGAUGACAAAAAAUCAAGUAAACCUUUUGCAAAACAGAGCUCGAUUACCUCCCAGGCCAAUCUGCUUCCUGAAAGUCGUAAGAAAAGCUCGAAGCCAGGUAUAUCAGCAACAUCAGGUGUUCAGCCAUUUGCUCAGAAAGGUGUAUUGAUGUCAUCAAAGCAGGAAAAGACUACAAAAUCCAGCUCAAAUUUCAUGAUCAGACAGAGGAAGAAUGUGCUAACCCGUUCUGAAGCAAGUCCUUCCACCAGCCAUCUUUCAGCCGUGAUUAAACCCUCUAAAUCACAGACUUUUCCAGUAAAACCUCGUACAUGGCAUCGAACAAGUAACUUAACAGCUAACAUACCUGCAAAAAAGCCAUCCGGGGGAAUUCCUCCACCACACAGGGCACUGUCUAGUAAAGCUGUGAAGGUUCAGGACACUUCUUACAUACGAAAAGGAAACAGUCUUGUAAGAAAUCCCAUUUCUGGUGCAUCCACUUCAGGUUCUCUUGCUGUUGGUGCAUCCACUUCAGGUUCUCUUGCUGUUGGUGCAUCCACUUCAGGUUCUCUUGCUGUUGGUGCAACCAUCGAUCGGCCAAGGCCAAAUAAGACAGACAAGAUCAGCAAGAUUGUGGGCUCUGUGAUGAUUGAGUCUACUGGGUUACCUGAUGGGCUUGUGAAAGGAGGGCGAAAUGCCCCCAUUGAAAUGCCAAAAACACCUCCAUUACCCUGCAGUAGUAAGACAUCAGAUAAUGAUGCUGUAUACUCUGGACAAUGCGUAUCUUCCUUACAUGUGGAUCACUCUGUAGGAACUGACAGUGAAGAGGCACUUAAAUCUCCUGAUGUUGCAUUGAAUUCCUUAAUGGAUCCUGAAUCUGCUGUGAACAGAAAUUUGGAGGAUCCUGUUAUUUUGAGUGAUGGAGAUUUGGUUGGAUCGAAUUCAGAGAAGAUGAUAUACGUUAAGCACAAAUUAAAUCAAUUGAUUGCUGCUUUAAAGUCCUCACAAUCAUCUUUGCUUAACACUGACAAGGGCACAGCUACAUCUUCCGAUGUCAAUUACUUCAAGAGAAGAAAAAACCAACUCAUUAGAGCUUCCUCUGAUGGCAAUAUUCAGCAAUUGGCUGUGGUAAAUAAAGAUAAUCCCAUGUCAGUUUCUCAAAGGGCUUUUCAUGCUUCCUCUGGCAGAAGUUUUACCAAAAGACUAUCAAAUAAAGUUAAAUCUACGAAAUUUUCGCUUGUUUGGAAGUUGGGUGAGUCCAAGUCCUGUGGUAAAGGUGUUGAUUCAAUGAGAUCAAGGAGACUGCUGUCCCACUUGUUACCUUGGAAAAGAGCUACUUAUUGGAGUCGAAAACUGCUUUCUUCCAAAAAGAGGGGUGCUGUGUAUGUAAGGUCGAGUCGUGGUUUUUCUUUAAGAAGAUCAAAGGUCAUAAGUCUUCCUGGAACUAGUUUAAAAUGGUCGAAGUCCAUGGAAAAGCGUUCAAAGAAGGUUGGAGAGGAAGCUGCUAAGGCAGUUGCUGCAAUGAAUUCUGUACAAAAAUCUGGAUCCUUACAAACUAAUUCUAAAGCAGGAGAACGAAUAUUUCGUAUUGGCGUUUUUCGAUACCGUAUGGAUCCUUCAAGGAGGACACUUCAAAGGAUUUCAGAUGAGGAAGCAUCAGACUUUACUGCUUCAAAGACAGAUAAGGAUGUCAGAAAAACUUAUGUGCCAAAGAGGCUAAUAAUUGGAAGUGAUGAGUAUGUUCGGAUUGGCAAUGGCAACCAACUUGUUAGAGACCCAAAGAGGCGCACUCGCAUUUUGGCUAGUGAAAAAGUUCGAUGGAGUUUGCACACUGCUAGGAUGCGAUUAGCCAAAAAACGUAAAUUCUGCCAGUUUUUCACUAGAUUUGGUAAAUGCAACAAGGGUGAAGGAAAAUGUUCAUUUAUACAUGAUCCAUCCAAAAUUGCUGUCUGCACCAAAUUUUUGAAGGGUUUAUGUGCCGAUCUGGAUUGCAAAUUGACUCAUAAGGUCUAUCAUGCUAUGCCCUCUGUCUGGAUGAUUGUCUUUGGACCAUUGUUGCUUAAUUCUAUAUCUGUGAUGCAGGUUAUUCCGGAAAGAAUGCCCGAUUGUUCAUUUUUCCUGCAAGGCUUAUGCUCUAAUGAGAAGUGUCCUUAUCGUCAUGUCAAUGUGAAUCCAAAAGCCUCUAUAUGUGAGAGCUUCCUCAGGGGCUAUUGUGCUGAAGGGAAUGAGUGCCGGAAGAAGCACAGUUACAUCUGCCCCGAAUUUGAAGCCUCCGGUAGCUGCCCCCAAGGAUCAAAAUGCAAACUUUACCAUCCAAAGAAAGGAAAGACUAAGAAACGGAAAGGCCAGAGAGAUCAGAAGAAUGCUAAGGGACGUUAUUUUGGUUCUGGUCUCUCAGUGGUUGUAGAUCCUGAGACAAAACCCAUUAUGCUUAAGAAUCAUGCUGAACCCAACAAAGUCAGUAGUGCUCUCUUUCAAGGAGACUUGGGUGAUUUUGUCAGCCUUGAUGUUAGUGAUGAUGAAGCACAAGAGGAUGGACCGACGAGUGAUCACACCUUAUCUGAGGACGGCCCUCAGAAUUCUCAGUUGGAUGAUUUUGACGAACUGAUAAAGCCUCUUCGCUUACUGGGUAGGCUUUAGGUAAAUCUUAGGUUUUAUUAGUCCUUAAACACGCCACUAACUGCAGUCAUUGAAAGGACAAGGAAUGUCAUGGAGAUGCAGUCAUUUGUAAAUGCCUUGUUUAUAUGCAUUUCCUCUUCUUUUCCUUUUUUCUUGGGGUGCUCAUUGGGAGUGAAGGGAUUGUGUAGUAUACUUUUUUUUUAAUUAUUAUUUCUUUUUUAUUUAAUAUACCGCCUUGUAAAGUUGUAGAGAUUAUACUAUAACAUUUGUACUUUAUGUAAUGAUCAAUGAAUUAGUGAGAUUUACAGAAGGGAAAAUUUUUCCAAUCAUUUGAGAACUUCCUCUUGAGCUUGUUUUGAAUUUGUGUUGCUACAAGGUUGGAGGAUCAUUAAACACAUCAAGGCAAUUUCUUCCACAUCAUACAGCUCUUGAUGCUCUUUAUGUCAAGUAACAAAAAAAAAAAAAAAAAAAAAAAAAAAAA